AUGAACAUCCUAAACUCCUACAUACUCACCAGCAUAUCCGGGUCCUCCUCUAGCUCGGAACCGAAAUCCAAUGGCAUUCUUAUCACCAACAUAUUCCUUACCACUCUCAUAACUUCGAUAUUCACACCGGAAUUACAUUCGCUACUUGUAUCUGGGAUAUCAUGGUGCACUGUCGCUGUGAUUCUGUUUAUGGUACAGAAGCAAACGACCAGAAAUGGAGAAUUACAGGUUACUAUUGAUAGGAAAACGAGGAGGAAGGUGACGGCGUUGGUGGGGUGUAUUCUGCUAUCUGGAAUCUGUGAGAGGGUGGUAGGGCCUGCUUGGACCGGGAAAGCGGCCUGGUGGAAUAAGGCAGGUCUACCACUAGUAACGAGAUUUCUGCGAAACUACACACUCGGCGAGCCUGGGAUAUUGGAAGGCUCUAUGAGAGGGUCAAAGCGGUUGCUAUUGAUGGUUUCUUCGGUUGCAUUCCUUGCGCUGAUGCCCAUGGUCAUACUGGAUACUUCGAUGGCGAUUGGUUUAUCAAACAUUGUCUUCCAGUCGAUGGCAUAUGUGCUGUUGGAGGAUAUAAGUCUCGGCUCGCUAAAGGACAGCAAGAAUCUGCCCGGCGCAACCGUUGACUUGAAGUCGCUGGCUUCGAGUGGAUAUCUUAGGGCCGCUGUUGGUGCAGCCGGUGGGUUUUUGCUUCUGGCAACUUAUUUUGAGAAAUCGCUGAGGGACUAUACUGUUCCUCAGUGGGCUGGGUUCAACCUUGCGAAGAUUACUUGUAUGGGUAUGCUCGGUGGGUUGAGAUGGCUAUGCAUGCCGAUACUUAUCUCCAGAUUGUCUUCCCCAUCUGGGAGCAUGGUUGAUCUCUCGAUAACAUUGGUUGCAAGCCAAUUGGUGAUGUGGACUUCGCCCUUCCAGCUAUUUGGAACGAUCGCCGCCCUCACGCUUGCAUCGUUCCACUUCAUCGGUCUUCCAAACAAUCGAGAAAUCUUGCCACAAAGAUUUGGACCUACAAGAGCCGUCAUUGGGACGUUUUUCAUUCUACUUAUCCUUUUCUCAGUUUUUAUCUCUGUUGUACCUCGUACUCCAGCUGUGUCUUCGCAGCCAACAGCGCCUCCUCCACACAUCCACCCAAUCGCACAUCUUAUGGAACAUAGUCUCAAUGAGUUCGAAGCUAUGAAACAACGACAAUCUACCUCCCUUCGCGAUGCCGUUAGGAACUAUAAGAAGCGAUACGGCAUGGCACCACCUCCCAACUUCGACAAGUGGUAUGAGUUCGCAGUAUCCCGAAAGUCACUACUUGUUGACGAAUACGACGUUGUAUUCCAUCAAAUCCAACCGUUCUGGGGCAUGCCGCCAAAGAUGAUUAGAGAAAGGGCCAGAGAAGCUUUAGGAUUCCCACAGGCGCUCCUAAAGUUGUCACUACGAAAUGGGAAUGUGAUCGAUACUGCCGGUGGUGAAGAGUGGCAGCGUACUGCUACGGUGGGGAUGAUCGAGAACUUCAAACAGUGGUUGCCAGAUAUGGAUCUUGCGUUUAAUACGCAUGAUGAGCCGAGGAUUGUGCUCCCUACUGAAGAAAUGAGUACUCUUGUCUCCAAAGCAAAGAGUAGGGGGGCUGUAGGAACUCCGAAGAAUACCUUCACCGGUUUCCCGAAGGACGAGCAAGGCAAAGUCAAAGAUACGGAUGACACUCGAUUCAAUGAAUUCGCGCACCAAGCUAUUUGGGGGAACAGCAAGUUAUCCUGCCCACCCGGAACACCAGCUCGAGAUCCCUUAGAAGGGACUCCUGAUGCACUUGAAAAAUAUACAAUGGUCCCAAUUCCGUUUAUUACGAAUAAAACGGCAUCGACGGAUGUUUGCCUACAGCCGAGUGUACGACGACGACACGGGUUCUUCCAACGGCCUAAUGCAUAUCAUGUGUCACACAAUCUCUUCCCGGUAUUUUCACAAAGCAAAGUGUCCUGUUAUAACGAUCUCGUGUACCCUUCACCUUGGUACUGGGCCGGGAAGGUUUCAUAUGAUGAAACCCAAGAUAUGUCAUGGGACCAAAAGAAGGAUUUAUUAUUCUGGCGCGGAUCGACCACCGGUGGGUUUUCACGACGAGGAGGUUGGAGACGUCAACAUCGUCAAAGGGUGGUCAUGCACCUCAAUGCCUUUAAUGAAACCAGCCAGAUGUUUGAAAUGGAGAAUAACGACAAACAAACUAUCUGGAGGGUUAAAUCCGCCGAACGUGAGACCCUGAAAUCUCUCAUCGAUGUCAACUUUUCACAUAUUGGCCAAUGCGACGAAGAGGACUGUAAAGAACAAGAAGCCUUCUUUAAACCAGCUGCCGCAGUUGAUCAGCAGUAUGUUUGGAAUCAUAAGUACUUGCUAGACAUCGACGGAAACGCCUUUAGUGGACGGUUCUAUGCGUUUUUACUGAGUAACAGCGCAGUAUUCAAGAUGGCACUGUUCAGAGAGUGGCAUGAGGAUUGGCUAGUCCCGUGGGUGCAUUAUGUGCCCUUGAGCUUGGAUAUGGCAGAGUCCUUUGAGGUGCUUAGGUACUUCACAGCGGAGAAGGAAGGGAAAGAAGGGAUCAAGAAAGUUGCCAGCCAGGGCAGGAGUUGGGCGAAGAAAGUCCUUAGGAAAGAAGAUUUUGAGGCCGAGAUGUUAACGGUUUUGGAAUAG